GCCAAAGUGAUUUAUCUUGCUGUCCAAGAUUGUAAGCAGCACUCUUCUCAUGAAAGAAACACUGAGGUACUUGGCAGGCAUUGCAGGCCCAAGUGGUUAUGGCUCAAAUUCAACUGCUGAACAAGUUACUGAAGCUUGUGCUUUCUUAGUCCCCAACCAUUUAACUGCUAUAAUCACUGGAGCCACCUCAGGUAUUGGAGUUGAAACAGCAAGAGUAUUGGUUAAGAGAGGUGUGAGAGUAGUGAUUCCUGCAAGAGACUUGAAAAAGGCAGCAGAAGUAAAGGAAAAAAUACAAAAGGAGAGUCCAAAGGCAGAGAUAAUAAUAUUUGAGACAGAUUUAAGUUGCUUUGCUUCUGUGAAGAGAUUUUGUUCUGAUUUUCUUGCUUUAGGCCUACCUCUUAAUAUUCUUAUAAAUAAUGCUGGGAUAUUCUCUCAAAACUUGGAAUUCUCUGAAGACAAAAUUGAGAUGACAUUUGCUACAAAUUACUUGGGACAUUUUUUGAUGACAGAGUUGCUAAUAGAGAAAAUGAUAGAGACAGCAGCAGAGACAGGCGUCCAGGGGAGAAUAAUAAAUCUUUCUUCUGUAAUUCACAGUUGGGUAAAGAGAGAUUCUUUUUGUUUCAAUCAAAUGCUAAGCCCAAAGAAUUACAAUGGCACACGUGCAUAUGCUCAAUCCAAAUUGGCUAACAUAUUACAUGCCAAGGAAAUGGCGAGACAAUUGAAGGCGAGAAAUGCCAAAGUAACAAUCAAUGCAGUACACCCAGGAAUUGUGAAGACAGGAAUAAUUAGAGCUCAUAAGGGUUUCAUCACAGAUUCCCUGUUUUUUAUUGCCUCCAAGUUACUAAAGUCAACAUCUCAGGGUGCAUCAACCACGUGUUAUGUAGCUUUAAGUCCAGAAAUGGAGAGGGUGAGUGGAAAAUACUUUGCAGACUGUAAUGAGAGCAACUGCUCAGCUUUGGCCAGUGAUGAAUCUGAGGCACAAAAACUGUGGAGGCAGACCAGAACACUCAUCCAUAGAAGACUCUACCUCCCAACUUAGACAUUUGUAGAUAGUAAAUUUUUAGAUGCCAUAAGUAUUAUAUGUGUUGUAUAUAUUCUUAGAUGUGCAUAAUUAAAGCCAAUUUACAAGGGGAGGUUCUGGGAUAAAUCUACAUUUUACAUAGGAAAUAAAAGGGGCUUAUCGUAUUAUUCUAUAACUAGGUUGUAUAACUCCAGUUUAUGUAUGUACUAGUGAAAUAAUAAAUAUUUCCAGAUUCUCCUUCUC